AUGUGCAUUGCUGUGUUUAUGUGGGAAGCCCACCCUCUGUACCCUUUUCUUCUCUUGCUCAACAGAGAUGAAUACCACAACAGGCCGACAAAGGCGGCCGGAUGGUGGGAGGACGGCGAGAUACUAGGCGGCAAAGAUGAGGUGGCUGGCGGCACGUGGCUGGCGGCUUCCAGACAAGGCCGAGUGGCUUUUCUCACAAACGUGCUGGAACUCCAUACUCUCCCAGAGGCUAAAACCAGGGGAGACCUCCCCAUUCGUUUCCUCGAGAGCAAUAAGAGCCCGAGGGAGUUUGCGGACGAGCUAGCGAAAGAGGCGAAUCAGUACAACGGGUUCAACCUCAUAGUGGCGGAUCUCGUCUCGAAAUCCAUGGUUUAUGUGUCGAACCGGCCCAAAGGCGAGCCCGUUUCAAUCCAGGAAGUUCGUCCGGGCAUUCACGUCCUUUCAAACGCAACUCUCAACUCUCCUUGGCCUAAGGCGGAGCGGCUUGAACAGAAGUUCAAGGAGGAAGUUGACCAGUACGGCCAAGAGGAAAUCCCGUUGACCAAAAUGGUCGGGAAGUUGAUGAGGGACACGGUGAAAGCCGACAAAGGAAAGUUACCGAACAUAUGUUCCCCCGACUGGGAACUCGGGUUGAGCUCCAUCUUUGUUGAAGUCGACACGCCACUGGGAAAGUACGGGACUAGAAGCACGGCAGUCUUGACCGUGAAGGCAUGUGGUGAAGCUAGCUUUUACGAGGUAUAUCUCGAGGGCGGCCAGUGGAAAGAACAUACCUUGGAUUACCAUAUUGAGAAACUGUGA